UCAGAACCAGCAGUCACCCCUGAAGCUCAUGUUGGGGAAAAGAGAGGAUUUCCAGAAGAUGACAGUGAAGAGACCCGUUCUAAAAGACCCAAAGUAGAUGAUGAUGAUCACGAGAAUGGAGGUCCUGCCCAAGCUGAGGCAGAUGAAGCGAAGGAAGGAGAGAAGGCAGAGGCUGAGGGCAGCGAUGAAGAGGGGGAAGAUGGAGGAUUUGCUAAAAUGAUGAAGCAUGGACUUAUCGAGGUGGAUGUGGGCAUCACCAAGUAUAUCAGUGACCAUGAAGGCUUCUCAGGAAUCCUAAAAGAAAGAUACUCGGAUUUUGUGGUCCAUGAAAUCAACAAAGAAGGCAAGAUUGUUCAUUUAGACGAUCUUUCUAUUCCUCCAGAUGUUGAGGAAACUCCAGAAGUUUCUGAGCAGCCAGAAGGACCAGAUGUACUGACGGAGGAACAGAAAACUCAGCUUGAAGAGUUGCAGCAAUUUAAGAACAAAGAAGGCAGUGUUUCAAUAGAGGUGUUGGAGGACUCAAAAGAAAAACGAACACAGGUCCACAAAGCCGUCAAGUCUCAGUUCCCAGGGCUGGAGACAAAGACUGAAGACAGGGAUGGACGCAAGUUUAUAGUGGCUUACCAUGCUGCUGGCAAGAAGGCUCUAGCAGCACCAAGAAAACACUUCUGGCCCAAAAAUCGUGGGAUUUUCUGCCAUUUCGUGCUGUACAAGGAAAACAGGGACACUAUGGAUGCCAUAAAUUUGCUUUCAAAGUUUACAAGGCUCAAACCCAAUUUAUUUUCAUACAUGGGAACCAAGGACAAGAGAGCCAUUACUGUGCAAGAGAUUGCUGUGCUGAAGGUCACUGCAGAAAGGCUGGCUCACCUUAACAAGUGUCUCAUGAACCUCAAGCUCGGGAACUUCAGCUACAAAAAUCAACCUCUGAAACUGGGAGAACUGAAAGGAAACCACUUCACCAUAGUCAUCAGAAACAUAACUGGGUCUGAUGAUCAAGUCAACCAAGCCAUGACUUCCCUUAAAGAGACUGGUUUUAUUAACUACUUUGGCAUGCAGCGCUUUGGGACCACUGCUGUGCCCACAUUUAAAGUUGGCAAGGCUAUUCUGAAAAAUGACUGGAAUGAGGUUGUGGAUUUGAUCCUUCUACCUCGAUCUGGAGCGGAAAAAGAAUACCUGGUACGCUGCAGGGAAGAGUGGGCAAAGUCCCAGGACCCAGUGGCAGCACUGAAAAAACUACCCAACAAGCGCUGUGUAGAGGGCCAACUCCUGAGAGGCCUGUCUAUGUAUGGAAAGAAGAACAUUGUACAAGCAUUCGGCCUGAUCCCUCGUAACAACCGCCUCAUGUACAUUCACAGUUACCAGAGUGUGCUGUGGAACACUAUGGUGAGCCGCAGGAUUGAGGCUUUUGGACUGAAGCCAGUAGAGGGCGACCUGGUGCUAAAAGGAACUACAGCCCAUGUGUUGUCUGCUGAAGAGGUUGCAACUCACUCCAUUCACGACGUUGUGAUGCCUUUGCCCGGGUUUGACGUCAUCUACCCUUCACACCAUGUCGGCAGUGGCUACAGAGAGAUGCUAGAAGCAGAUGGACUGGACAUCGACAACAUGCGACACAAAAUAAAGGACUACAGUUUGGCUGGAGCCUACAGACGUGUGGUUAUCAGACCCACUGAUGUCAGCUGGGAGGUGAUUCAGUACGACGAUCCAAGAGUUCCCCUGGUGCACACAGAUGUCGAGAAAUUGGAGAACAAAACAGCUCCAGUCUUCAACACCGAGGGAAAAUAUCGAGCAUUGCGGAUGGAGUUUUCACUACCAUCCUCUACAUAUGCUACAAUGGCAAUCCGAGAAGUGCUCAAGUUGGACACAAGCAUAAAGAAACAGACAGAGCUCAACACAACCUGGUUCAACUGAGACCACAGCCUAGUUUAUUUACUCUGGGGUGCAAAAUACACCCAAGUAGUAAGGCUCCCCACUCUGCCAUGCAUUCUAUGUGCAGGAGCAACUGGGUUACUUCAUAACUUAUUAUAUGAGGUGUAAUAAUAAUUUAUGACUUAAGAUUUUUAAACCCAUUUUUACUUUUCAAAUGGCAUACUGUAAUUUUAUGCCACUUAAAUACAGACUUAGGAUAAAAAUCUUCAACUGUAUAGUAUGUUUUAUUAACAUGUGAAUAAACUCUUAAUAAGAGAAAUGAGUGACAC